ACACCAACCGGAAGUGAGGCUGUCUGACGUUCACCGAAAUUCUCUACUGGCGUGGGGAAUUGGCGGUUUAUUUUUCCCCAGUGAUAAGUCCCGGUGAAAAAUGACAGUUUGGCUUUUUGAUUUUUUAACAAUUAUCGGUAAUCCCUCAUCGUCAUUUUUAUUACCAUUUAUUGAGGAGUGAUGAGGUAAUUAUGCCGGCACCGGGAUCAGACCAACCAGUCUCUGUUACACCAGUAGACAACGUUGGAAUACCCGUUCGUUCAUGUGUAUAAACUGUGGCUUCUCAGUGUUACUCGAAAUCGCGUUCAGCAAGCUUGCCCUGAUUUUCCGUUGAGCUUUUCCCACACCGGAUUACGAAUCACAUCGGUGUUUACAUCUGAUAAUUAUUGGAAAAAGGAAUUGUGGGAAAAACCAGUGUUUCGAUAUUUGGCAGUGGGUGGUGUGCAUGGAGAUGCGCCCCGUUCUGGUGGCUAUUUGCCUCCUGCUUGUCACUCCCAUCACUGGCUCAUUCUGGACUGUGGGAAGCCAGGUAGUCAUGGAUCCACUCCUGGUGUGCAAGAAAACGAGAAGAUUGAGGGGAAAACUCGCGGAUAUCUGCAGGAAGGAGCCGUCAUUACUCAAGGAGAUCUCCAAGGGGGUCCAGGUCGGCACCAGAGAGUGUCAGCAUCAGUUCAGAAAUCGCAGGUGGAAUUGCACCACCGUCAGAAGAUCAUUGCGAAAGGUUCUGCUGAGAGAUACCAGGGAAACUGGCUUUCUCAAUGCCAUCACAGCUGCUGGUGUCACCUACGCCGUCACCAGGGCAUGCACCAUGGGAGAUCUUGUCGAGUGCUCCUGCGAGAAAAUGAACUCCAGAGGGCACAAAUUAGGAAAGCACUCGCGCAAAUCCAGGAUCAAGGAUUUACCGACCGAGGGGGAGUGGGAGUGGGGCGGUUGCGGGGAUAACGUGAAUUUUGGAUUCAGGAAGUCCAGGGAUUUCAUGGACGCCCCUUACAGGAAGAGGAGUGACAUCAAGACACUCGUCAAAUUGCACAAUAACGAUGCAGGAAGACUGGCUGUCAGAAAUUUUAUGAGAACCGAGUGCAAGUGUCACGGCCUCUCUGGUUCCUGCACAGUUCGUACAUGCUGGCGAAAAAUGCCGUCAUUCCGGGAAAUAGGUAAUCGUCUGAAGGAAUCGUUUGAUGGAGCUGCCAAGGUAAUUCCCAGCAACGAUGGCCACAACUUCAUCCCUGAGGGUUCAACCAUCAAGCCACCUGGGAGAUUUGAUCUGAUUUACAGUGAGGACUCACCGGACUUCUGCAGGGCUAACAGAAAGACUGGAUCUCUUGGAACACUUGGGCGCCAGUGCAAUGCCACAAGUCCCGGUGUCGAGGGUUGUGAACUUUUGUGCUGUGGUAGAGGGUACGACACUAAAAUCGUUAAGGAAAAAGUCAAUUGUCAGUGUAGGUUCAAGUGGUGCUGUGAAGUCACUUGCAACACGUGCAAUGUCAAGAGGACUGUUAACACUUGUCGUUGAAUUAUUUUCGUCAACAGGAAAUUCCCGUGGAUGAAAAUUUUUUCUCUUGAAAAUUUCAGUUCCAUUUACCCAGGACGAAUAAACACGUUGGGGAAAUUAAUUAAAAAUAAUUCAACCCUUAAAUUGAGUUGGAAUGAUUGAUUGAGGGAAUUCACGGAAUUUUUCCUACUGGCGAAUUUAUUCUUGAACGAUUUUGGCUGAUAUAAAUAAUAUAAUAUUAUUCUCGGGCCGGAGAUGCCAUUACUUUGUGAUUUAAGCCUACGUCAUUAAUUCAAUAAUCAUUAUCUGAAUAUUCGUAGUGAUUAGAAUUUUUUUUUUUCACUGAUUUAUGUUAGACUCGAGCUUAAGUUAAUCAAUCGUGAAUUUCGAUGGAUGAGUGCUUGUCUAUUUUAAUGGUAGAAAAUGUUUAUUAUUAUUCAGUUGCCGUCGACGGACUGAAAAAGCUUUCCGCGUAUCUCCCAAUUAGAUCCCUCGAAAACGUAGAGGAAAUUAAUCUCGAGACCAUGAAAAAAUGUGUGUGAGAUGUAUGUAAAAAUUAUUUUAAAUUAAUCAAUUGUGAAUUGACUCUCUUACACUUGGAUAUUAAUCUCGAUAAUACUCCCCUACUCUUUCAUCAUGUA